ACAGCUUAACCGAAAGCAUUAAAAUCAUGCCUUUUUUGUUCGACUUCUGUCGUGGAGCUCCUGUAGAAAUCACUGUACUUAUAGCUUAUUUAGCUAUUUCACUUCUCUCCAUACAAGGAGUGGUUUUCACAGAGUAUGUAGUUUUGUUGGAACUAAAUUCAACAUCUGAGGAUGUAGACCCAUAUUACACUCAGGUAUUAGUGGCAAAUUGGACCACAAUUUUUCUUGUGUGUCAGUCUCUGCCAGCAAUAUUUAUUAUGCUGUACGUGUUAACAUGGAGCGACCGCUUCGGCAGGAAAUUCACAAUGAUUCUUCCAACUAUAGGAUUGCUAGGGGCAUCCAUCAGUUUUACUAUCGUGUACGUAUACGGACUACAGAUCGAGUACCUUCUUAUCGGUUACCUUUCAAUUGGUUUGACGGGAAACACCAUUUUGCACCGAUCUGGUGCCGGUUCCUAUAUUAGUGAUACAUGUACCCAUUCAAAUCUAACACUUCGAAUGACGAUACUUCUUGGUAUCAAUUACCUUGGAAUUGCUCUAGGACAGUUAUGUUUUUCCGUAUGGAUAGAUACCACCGGAUUUCUACAGCCUUUCAUAUUCAUGACAGCUUUACUGGCUUUUUCUAUUUUUUACACCGCAUGUUUGAUGGAGGAAUCUAUAGAUCCUAGGCAAGUGCAGCAGGAGUUUUCUUUCAAAGAUGUUGUAGCCGACAUAAUUAAUGUUAUAAUGAGCAAUAGAAACAAUCGUCGCAAAUUAAUGUUGUUGCUCAUGAGUGCUCGUGUUGUAAACUCAGUCAUGAUAAAUGCCUUUUUCUAUGGGAUACAACUGUACGCUAUCGGUCCGCCUUUGUACAUGUCUACAAGCGCCGCCGGUUAUUAUACCUUCGCAUUCCUUCUAUCAAAUGCAGUGGGAAUGCUGUUUAUCACCAAAGCAUUGCAGAAGUAUAUCCACAUAAGCGACUACGCUCUCAUCUACCUGGGGUCGUUUUCAGCUAUGACGUCAUUGCUGGUCAUCGCUGUCGCUUCCUCUGUCACUAUUGUAUACUUGUCCGUGCCAUUGACUGCCAUGGCUGCCCUACCGAAAGCAAUCAUAGAAGCUCAACUUCCAAAGCUGGUGGAGAAGAACGAGAGAGGAGCUAUAUUCGCUCAGUCUGGUGUUUUGGACAACCUCGGGUUCCUACUAGGACCUGUUUGGAUUGGCGUCACAUACUCAGCUACCGUAGAAACUAUUCCAGGUCUUAUUUUCUACAUAAUGUGUGCAGGAGCUCUAGUUACAAUGCUUCUUAUAGUAUAUAUUCAACUGAAAUUUGGAUCUGUUGAAGAAAUGCUGGCCAGGUCAUCCAAAACUGAAGAGGAGUAUAUCAGCGCUAGUGAAGAAACCUAUCUUUUAUCGACAUCAUCGAUCGGCCUAUAGGGCUAAUAAAAGAUUAACAACUGAGUAAAAAAGAAUUGAUGCAAUUAACGAGGGAGUGAUAUUACAUGAUGCUUCAGGGGUGGAUUUAGGGGGAUACCGGGCCGGCCGCGGCCUCCCCCACCCGCUCAUUAAUAUUAAUUUUCUUUUUUUUUUUUUUGGAAAGUUAAAAAAAAAAAAAAAGAAAGAAAGAAAAAGAAAUAAUUUCUCACCCAAAAUGCCUCAGAGGUUAUUUUCAGGGUCUAGAAAACAACAACAAAAUUCGCCAGGACAGGCCCCAGGCCCCUAGGAUAGUGUUGUCUCGAUUGGAAACACAUUCUCCCCCCAACCCCUUUCCGGAUGUCUCUGGCUCUGCCCCUGUGCUUCAGAAAGAGUUAUAUGCAAUGACAGUAAAUCCAUAAUUGACGUCAGUGCCUUUUUAACAUAGGUAUAAUGGACACAUUAGAUAUGAAACCACCUGCUACAAAUAAGAGGAAAGAUAUAAUAGGCCAAUUUUAGUACUCAUGAUGUCUACAAGAUUUAACACAACAUUAACAGUGACUGAUACCAUAUUAAUGUGUGGGAAAGGAUUUGCAUUCAGGGGUGGGGCUGAUGGGCAUUCCCAGAAAACUGGAAGCCAUCAAAGAACUCCCUUGCCUGCAAUUCAAUAUUCUCGGUCUUAUAGAUAAUAAAAAUAACGACAAUUAUAAUG